AUGUCAUUCGACAGUCAUCAGGAUGAUCAGAAGAUAAAUGAGGAGCAGAAGGGAAUGAUUUUGGAAGAGCUUCCGGAAAAUCUGAUCAGGUUUGCAUCGCUGAUGGUGAAGACAUUUUACGGUAAAGAGCAUUUUGUUGUUUUGGAUUAUGUGCAAAGGAAUAAAUGUAUCAAGGAAGAUGAUUUGAGACAGCUGAUAAAGUUCGACCAGCGUUUUCUGCGAACAGUUUUGAUGCAGCUGAAAGUUGAUAAGAUUCUAAAGGAACGUCUAGUAUCCGAAGAAACAGAUGGUCGGGCGCGUAAAGUCAAUUACUAUUUUAUUAAUUACAAGGCAUUAUUGAAUGUGGCAAAAUAUAAAAUUGACCAUAUGAGGCAGCGUUUGGAAGUAAAAGAUAAGGAUGAAGUGCAUAAAGCUUCAUAUCGCUGUACUGGUUGUCAAUAUCAGUAUGACGCCAUGGAAAUGGAUAAAAUUUUUGAUCCAGUGACACAAGAGCUUUUUUGUUGGCGAUGUCAGCAAGUUGUCGAGCCGGAUGAAACUGCUGGUCCAACGGAUGAGACAAGGUCGUCUUUAGCGCGUUUCAAUGAGCAGAUGACUCCAUUUUUUUCAAUGUUGCAAAGCUUAUAUGGUAUACGUCUUGCCAGGCAUCUUGUCGAACCAUCAAUUAAAGCUAUGGAUAACAUCUUUAUAGAAUCAGAUGGAAAACGAGUAAUGGGAGUUGGUGAACGAUCAUUUAAUGAUCAAACAACUGCUUCACGAUCCACAAUGUACCAGAAUAGUAUCAUGGUGAGCAUAGUAGAGGACGGUGUAACUCCAAAUGUUGAACCCAAAAAGCUUGUACCCUGGCUUCAUAGUAAUCAGAAAGAUGAACAAGCAACGGAUUCUUUCUUAGUCUCUCCCGACAAUCCUGCCGAUUCGAAUGAAAUCACAGGUCUUGAAAGGGGCAAAAAUGAUAUCGAUAGCUUAUUGGUCACGGAAUUCGAAGAGGCAAAGCCGGAAACUUCUCUUACAGAAGGUACUCAAGAAGCUGCAUAUGAGCCGGUUGGUACGGAAAGUGACGAUGAUGAAGUUAUCUUCGUCGCCGGAAAGAAAUAUUAUCUAGACGAAAUUACACCCGAAUUGGUAUCUCAGAUGAAUGUUUCUGAAAAAGAAAUUUAUAUACAAAGGACACAAGAAAAUUUCGAUUACUGA